GGCGAACCACAGCCCCGCAUGACGUCACAUGCAUGCUUGGCAAAGUGAAACUUACGGAGGCGCACUUUUGGCCGGGCACACACUUACAACAGCAUAGUCAAUAGUACACUCAAAAUUCGCCGAAUUGUAGAAGGGUUCAUUCGGGUUGAUUCCAAGAGCGGCAAAAAUUGUGGCCUUUAAGCGCCUUUAAGAGAGUUUGGAACUGCCGCCAAUCCAAAGUCGUGAUUUUCAUAUGAAAUAGAUUUACAAUAAAAUUCCAUCAUCAAUUUUGACGUUCCUUCCCCUGUCAGAAAAUGGGCCGCAUCAACACACAUAGUUUGAAGUUAAAUGUAUAGUUAACCUCACUAGUGAUGUUACGCAAGAGAGGAGCUGCUGUAGCUAACCGCAUCAAGGACAUACACUGUGGUGGCAGCGACAACAACUGAACCGCGCAUGCAACUUGGGACGCUCGGCUUCCCCUCUCAUCAGGACGACCUGUAUCGCACAGUGCCGUUGCCCAGCGACCCUUCGCAGGAAUUUACGACGAUUUGGAUCACGCAGGCACAUUGAAGAUUGCAGGGUCCAGGGCAAGGAUUCAGCGUUUCACGUCGGUCUUUCUUUGACGGACCUAUCUGAGGUUGAGGCGUGGACAGUAUCGCACGAAGCCAUGGAGUCAACAGUCACUCGCGGAGAAGUUUGCACUCCGAGCGCAGAUUGGCGUAAGGUGAGGGCCUCUCCGUCAAACUACACUGCGCGCCUUAGGACUCGUACUGGGGACAAGUCUCCUAAAUGCGCCGCCGCCGCCUGCAACAAAAAGUUGACUGCUGAAGGAUAUCUUCAAAUGCACCUCUGCACUCACGCUGGGGUGAAUCCUCACAAGUGUGCUGUUUGCAAUAAAAAGUUCGCUCAAGAAGGAAACCUUCGGAGUCACCUCCUUACUCACAGCGGGGAGGGCAGUUUUGAGUGCAUGGUUUGCAACAAAAAGUUCACUCGCGGUGGGAAUCUUCGAUCGCACCUCCGCUUCCACACAGGCCAGAUGCCUUUUGAAUGCGUGCUCUGCAAUAAGAAGUUUGCUCAGCAAACACACCUUCGAGGGCACCUCCGCACUCACACUGGCGAGAAGCCCUUUGAGUGUACUAUCUGCAAUAAGAAGUUUGCUCAGCAAACAAACCUUCGAGGGCACCUCCGCACUCACACUGGGGAGAAGCCCUUCGAGUGUGAUGUCUGCAAUAAGAAGUUUGCUCUGCAAGACAAACUUAGGGUGCACCUCCGGACUCAUACUGGGGAGAAGCCCUUCGAGUGUGCUGUCUGCAAUAAGAAGUUUGCUCAGCAAGCACACCUGCGAGGGCACCUCCGCACUCACACUGGGGAGAAGCCCUUCGAGUGUGCUGUCUGCAAUAAGAAGUUUGCUCAGCAAGCACACCUUCGUACGCACCUCCGCACUCACACUGGGGAGAAGCCCUUCGAGUGUGCUGUCUGCAAUAAGAAGUUUGCUCAGCAAACACACCUUCGAAUGCACCUCCGCACUCACACUGGGCAGAAGCCCUUCGAGUGUGCUGUCUGCAAUAUGAAGUAUGCUCAGCAAACACACCUUCGAGGGCACAUCCGCACUCACACUGGGGAGAAGCCCUUCGAGUGUGCUGUCUGCAAUAAGAAGUUUGCUUCGCAAGCAAACCGUUCGGCGCAUCUUCGUGCUCACACUGGGGAAAAGCCCUUUGAGUGUGCUGUCUGCAAUGAGAAGUUCGCUCGUGAGGGACGCCUUCGACAGCACUUCCGUACUCACACUGGUGAGAAGCUCUUCGAGUGUGCUGUCUGCACUAAGAGGUUCCCUCAAGAAAGAGGCCUUCUGACACACCUACGUACUCACACUGCCGAAAAGCCCCUUAAGUGUGAUGUCUACCAUAAGAAGUUCUCUCAAGAAGGAAACCUUCUCAUGCAUCUGCGCUCUCAUACCAGGGAAGACCUUUGAGAGGUGUUUGCAUUAAGAAGCUCGUUUAAGAAAGAAACCUUCCUACGCACCGUCACGCUAACACCAGUGAGGAGUGUUCAGGUGUGCUGGCUGCAACAAUCAUAAGAAGUCAUUAAGAACUACUGGGGCUACAGUCGUAUCACCUUAAAACCCAAAUUGUGUUACCUUGUUUUAGUUGACAUCAGAAAUUUUUAUUAAAAAAAAUGUUUUAAUUUUAAUUUUUAAUUAAACAGUUUGUUGCUUUUA